AUGGCGGACGGGGCCGGGGGCGCGGGCGCGGUGGGCGGGGGCGGAGCGGGCUCGGCCUCGGCGGGCGCGGCGGCGGGCGCGGCGGGGGCCGGCGGCGGGGGCGCCAUCAACCCGGCCUCCCUGCCCCCCGGCGACCCGCAGCUCAUCGCGCUCAUCGUGGAGCAGCUCAAGAGCCGGGGGCUGUUCGACAGCUUCCGCCGGGACUGCCUGGCCGACGUGGACACCAAGCCAGCGUACCAAAACCUGAGGCAGAAAGUGGAUAAUUUUGUGUCGACACAUCUGGACAAACAAGAGUGGAAUCCUACAAUGAACAAAAACCAAUUGCGAAAUGGUCUGAGGCAGAGUGUGGUUCAGUCAGGCAUGUUGGAGGCUGGAGUGGACAGAAUUAUUUCUCAGGUGGUGGAUCCUAAACUAAACCACAUCUUCAGGCCACAGAUAGAACGAGCAAUUCAUGAGUUCCUGGCAGCCCAGAAAAAAGAAGCUGUGCCAGCACCACCCCCGGAGCCGGAAAGCCAGGACCCUCCAGCUCCAUCCCAGGAUGCUUCCUAAGGCUAUGCCUGGCACCUUUUGGAAGCGCCACUGAAUUAGUGGUGAAGAACAGUUACAGUUCAUAAGAGUACAAUUUCAGAAUGAAGACAGGGCAAGGUCAUCACUGACUUCAAGAUUCAGCCUUGACUGGGGGGCAGUAUCCAGAUUGAACAGGGAACAGGUUUGGUGUUAGGAAAGGUGAACCUGUAUGCCCCUUCACGGGUUGCUGUCUGGCUCGCCUGUCCCAAGGGGAUGACACCCUUGGGAGUGAACACUACAGAGACCCAAAGAAACACUACAGCCAUUUGGUGUUGUCCUGAAACAGACCUUUAUACUUGAACUUGGAAGCUGCGGAUUUUAGGAUUUGUGCUUAGGUAUAGGAAAAGCUACAAUGAAGAAACAUAGGCAGUCCCAAAGAGGCCAUUUCAAAGACUAAGGACAGGAAAGGUUAGGUGGGAGUAGGGGUGAUGGUGCUCAUUUGAUACUGUUUCUCAGAGUCGCAGACCCAGUUGUACAAGCUACUGGCAUCAGAGAGCCUUCAAGUCGUCGUGAGCCUCAUACAUGAACCGUAUAGCUUCAGUUGCCUUUCCCUGUAAGAGGCAACAAAACACAGGACCCUAGAAUUGUGAGGAAGCACAGACAUUGGGGAUAAGGAAAAUAUUUGCAGGCUUUCUGUCUAGGCUUCUUCCUAUCCUGCAAGGGCUAGUGAGUCUUGGGGUGUUUAUUUUAUUCUCGUGUUUGUGUUUUUUUUAGAAAAGUGAAAAUGUCUUAAGUUUUGUAAUAAAAUCAUUUGAUACCGUUACUCCAAAGCUUCAGCUGAUUCUUAGACCCCCAGUGUGUGAAGGGCAGCUUUUCCUCUCUGCACUCCAUGUGUGUUUUAGAUGGUGGUGAAGGCUGGCUGGCUGGAGGUCCAUGGACUCCCGCUCUAGGUGUAGCUGGAAGCAGGCAGGCUGGGCCCCUCCCCUGAUUCAGGUCUUUAGUUUGUUGUGCAUUGUAUCGGGGUUUCUCAAGUUUGAAUGUGCAGAAGUAUCACCUGGGGCUCUCAAGAAAAAUGCAUAUUCUGAUUCUGAAGUUUGGGGUGCAGCUGAGUUCUCAAGAUUCUGACAGGGUCUGGAUGAUGCUGAUGCUGUAGCCCCCAGCAAACACUCUGUGUCCCCAAACUUGGGUAAUACGGAAAAAAAAAAAAAAAAAAAACUACUGCACACCAAGCUUGUUAGAUUUUUUUAUUUGUUACAGGGCAGGAUGAGGGGCACCCCAGAAUCCCCAUACCUGCCCACUGUAAAUAAGUUCUGUCAUCUGCCUCAUCAAGACAAAACAUACUCUAGUAUGUAAGACCUUAAUGGAAAGGAACUUUAAUUAGUGUGCAACAAAGAAAAAACAAAGAAUAUAGCUUCCAAAUCAAGCACCCAAAGUUUCCCAUCCCCUUGCAGGUAAAUGCCCAGCCAAAUAGGGUUGGACCAACGCAGUGCCACUAAGGCCCGAAAACCUGCCACAGGUUUAACGUACCUCCUGAUGGUAACCUAUAGAAAAUGGUCAAACAGCCAGACAAGUCUGGAAGGAAAAGAGCAAAAUCAAGAUAAAUGCUGCUGCUGCAGGGAACCUGGCACCUUCCCUUUUCCUGGGGUCUCCUAGUGUGAAAGAUUGCUAAUAGAAUUAAUGUGCAUAAAGAAGAAUAGACCCAAUAAUAGUUUCUCAUUAAAACUUCCAAAAGUAUCCAUCCCCUCAUGGGAACCAGGGUAAGCCUGAAGGGGCCAAAGCACAAAAUCUUGCCACAAGUCCAAGGUAUCUUCUGGCUGGGAACCACAGGAAAGGGGUUCAGAAGCAGGUCCCAAAGAGCUAGGACAGAAGGAGAGCACACAUUAAGAGAAAUGCUGCCAUUGUCAGCCUCCCCACUUGUCUCUCAUCUGUCUCUCUUAAAAUUAUCUCUACGUGCGUCUUCUUAAGUCAUCUCCAAAGUCCCACGUCCAUGAGACUAAGUCAAAGCAGGAGAAGCAAGAGCCCCAGAGCUCGCCUGCCUCCCAUGUUCUAUAGCCUCACGUGGCCACUCAGUUCCAGCCCUAGUUCUCAGUAGCUGGUCCAAGAUGGCUGCAUGUAGUGGGGACAGGGAACAUGUUACCUCCCCUAACACACCCUGUGCACCUUACAUGUAGGAGAGCCAGGAGGGCCACUUUCAUGGUCUUGUUACUGGCAAUGGCCUUGGCCACAUGGUAAUAACUAUCCAUCCUCUCCAAUUGCUCACAUCAUCUGAGAGUCAGCCAGUCUUCUGACUCCAGUCUCCCAAUUGCAUUGGGCCAUGCUUCCUAAAACAUUCCUUUCAAGUAUCUCCCUCUCUUACAUACUUUUGAAAAGGAAGAAGUAGAUGAACUUAGACACCUACUAGUUGGCAGGCAUUUCCAUACGUGUGAUUUCAUUCAUGAUCUGUGAUGUAGGAUUUAUUCUCCAUUUUAUGGUUGAACCCAGGCCUGGGAAAGAUGAACAACUGACUAAUCUCCAUACAACUACUAAUGGGGAAAGAGGUGAGAUUUGAAGCCAAGACUUUUCUGAAUUUGAAGCCUAUCAUCUCCCUGCCUUUCCUACUUUGUCUACCUCCCUAUUAACAGAAUAAUUUCAAACUUGUCAGUCUGCCGGAUUCACCCUUCAUUGCCAAUAGAGGCCCAAAUCAAAUCAACUUGACCUCCCGCCUCUCAGCACACUCCCUUAGUCCUCUCCAGCCUUCGUCACCUUUGCAAAAAUGCUUUU